AUGGACAUCCGUCGAGCUAAUUUUGUCGUUGUCCUCGAAUGGCUCAGAAACCUCUCUGGCAAAGAUGACACACCUUUGCAAGAAGCUUGUAUCAUGACGCUUUGUGGUUUAGCAUUAGUCUCGGAAGAUGAAGAGAAGAACAUCAUUCUUCUACGGCUUUUGGAGUACCUCGGUCAUCCAAAUCCCUACAUUUGCGCAGUUGCAUAUAAUGAGUUAUCCAAACUAGCUCAACAAUUCUCCCUGACGCCGGCUGGCCUCUUUCGUCCUUACUGGAGAACCUUAUCUGUCACUGUCGUCAAGAACCUCCAAUCCCGCCCACAUAUGGCCGAGCAGCUAUGUGAUUUGCUAGGCAUGAAAGUCGAUGGCUUCCUCCGGUUGACAGAAAUUCAUGUUCUGCCGUACUUGGUGCUGACACGAAAGCGAGACAUUAUCUGUAGAAUUGGGGCCAGUCGCAACGAGGGCGAGUCUGCAUUUGACGUCUGCUCGGAAAAGAACAAUCUAGCUGCAAUUCUUGCAUUUCUUCUGUCCCAGCAAUCAGAUAACCCUGAAGCUAUGAUCAUGUCUCUCCUAGCAGAGAUUGACCCCCUAUUCAAGGGUCGAUCUUUAGCGGAAUUGGUCAGGAUCGAGCCGAUUCUCAUUGCCUGUGACCUUCUGAAGAGUCUUGGUGAUGCAGCCGAGCAAACGAAAGAGAAAUUCAGUCAAGCUCUUCAUCGAUUGGCCACAUUUGUUCCGCGAAAGAUAUCCCAUGGCAGCGCAUCGAAGAAAGCGGACCUUAGCCAGUUCAUAGAAGAGCAUGUCCUCGGCAUCAUCACACAGUUCGCAAAUGCUAUCAACGACUUCCAAGUGAGACAAACACUAGCGGAGAAAAGAAGAAAUAUCAAGGCUAUCGAAGAAAUGAUCAACAUUGCCCAAGGGCAUGUUAGCAGCGCAUUACCCCAAGUUUGUGCUUGUCUUCGGUCUGCCUUGGACAUUGAGGAACUCUGUGACUAUGCAUUUUCUGCAUGGAAGACACUAAUUAGCUCCCUUAGCGAAGAAGACCUCGAGCCUAUGAUCGAUCAAACCCUGGCAAUUGUGAUCAGAUAUUGGGACAAUCUGACCGGGGAGAGCAGAGAGCGUGCAUUUGAACUUAUCGAUCACAUCCUGACGAAUCACUCCACGCUUGUGCGAGACACCUUCAACACAAUGCCUUCUCUUGCGUCAAUUCCCGAGCUGGCCCCCUUUGAAGCCAAGAUCAACGAAUUGAGGGCGCAGAUGGAUGUGCGAAGCCAGUUUCUAGCACUCAUUCGUCGGUGCCAAAGCGAAAACUCUACCGUUGUCGAACAAGCAUUAAAGGAACUCGCGCCUUUCCUGUCGGCAAAUGAAGAGUUCCUCCAUGACUCUGUUCUAAGUGAACAACCAGACCCGGUGAUUGCGCAGCUAACGAGAUCAUUGUUAGAUUGCUGCGUCAAAUUCAGCACCAACUCUGACGGCAUCACUUUGCUCUCGGCUCGGUGCUUGGGUUUGGUUGGUUGCCUUGAUCCAAACAGAGUGGAGACGAUCAAAGAGAAGAAAGACAUACUUGUCUUGUCCAACUUUGACCGAAUGGAAGAAACAGUUGCAUUCAUUCUGUUCUUCCUCCAGCAUGUAUUGGUCGAAGCGUUCUUGUCUGCCUCCAACACUAGGGCUCAAGGGUUUUUAGCAUGGGCCAUGCAGGGUUUGCUCAAAUUUUGCAAGUUGAAUGCGCUCUUGACGCAACGCUCUCGCGAUUUACAAGGAGACGAAAAGCAUCAACGUUGGAUGGAGCUUCCGGAAAGUGUUCGAAAUACCCUCACACCAUUUCUCACAUCCACCUACACCGUCACUGUUGUAACCAACCAUGCUGAAGUUAAGUAUCCUUUGUUUUCACCGAAUAUGACACACAGUGAAUGGCUCCGCACGCUGGUGCAGGAUCUCCUUCAAACCGGCAACGGAGACAAUGCCAAAAUGGUCUUCUCUAUCUCAAGUCGUGUGGUGAAAGGUCAAGAUAUUUCCAUCUCCUCGUUCCUUCUGCCAUUUGCUGUCUUGAACCGCAUUGUGGGAGGAACUGAGCAAGAGCAACAGGAUUUGCAAAAUGAAUUGAUGAGUGUGCUUUCGCAUCCCAUCACUGAGACGAAUAACAAUUCUCGUGAGGCAAUCUUAAGCAGCAGCCAGAGUGUUUUCGAAGUUUUGGACUACUUAUCCCGAUGGCUGCAAGGGAAGAAGAAGCACCUUAAUGGUCUAAACCACGGCUCCAACCACUCGAGUAGAUCAUAUAAAGAUCUCAGCCGCGACGCUCUCAUUGACAAAUACUCUUCGCAGAUCAAAUCAGUAGAGAGCGUCCUCUCUUCAAUCCCACCGGAGGUCAUCUCCAAACGAGCCGUUGAGUGCAAGUCAUUUUCCAAAGCACUUUUUCAUUGGGAACAGUACAUUCGAAAAUCCAAGGCCCACACAGAGGCAGAGGAGCAAACCAGCCUUGAGCCCAUGUAUCAGAGACUGCAGGACAUCUAUAGCCAGAUUGAUGAACCUGACGGCAUCGAGGGCAUUUCAAGCUACUUGUCCGCCUUGGACAUUGACCAGCAGAUCCUUGAGCACCGCAAAGCAGGGAGAUGGGCAACUGCGCAGAGUUGGUAUGAAUUGCAACUUGAGAAGGAGCCUGAGAACAUUGAUGCACAAUGGAACCUCGUCACUUGCCUGAAGGAAUCCGGCCAACAAGAUGCUAUCCUCACCCGAUUUGAGGUUCUCAAGGAGAAUGAGUUGUCGGCCUCGCGUUUCCUUCCUUUUGCGGUUGAAUCGUCAUGGAUAAUGAGCAGAUGGGAUAAGCUCGAAGGCUAUCUUGACCUUUGUGCCAAGCAGGGUACCGAGGAGUUCAAUGUUGGGAUAGGAUCAGCUCUUGACGCUCUGCGAAGGAAGCAAAUCGGAGCAUUUACCGACAAAAUCAACGAACUCCGACUGAGCGUCGCCCGGUCACUGACCACAAAUUCAGCUGCAUCACUCCAAUCGUGCCAUGAUGAUAUGCUCCGUUUACAUGCUCUGUCGGAAGUUGAAUCAAUUGCAAAAGCAGAGUCGGCUUCUUCACACCCAAGCCUGCUCUCUACGCUAGAUAGACGCCUGGAUGUUCUGGGAGGGUAUCUCACUGACAAGCAGUAUCUUCUAGGAUUGAGGAGAGCCACAAUGGAAUUGUCAGGAGAUUUUGCCGAUUCUGACAUAUCAGCUGCAUGGCUCGUCAGUGCCCGUCUUUCGAGGAAAGGCAACUUUAGUAGCCAAGCAUAUCACUCGAUGCUCAACGCUGCGCGGUUGAAAGACCGAUCCGCCACAAUCGAACACGCAAGGCUCCUCUGGAAAGAUGGACAUCAUCGAAAGGCAAUACAAACGCUUGAGAGUGCGAUUUCUGCCAACGAAACCGGCCCAACCACCUCUUCGGUUGACGUCGAAGCCAUGUCAUUCCUCUCGGGUCGCGGGCAGCACCAGAAUGAGUCCACUGCUCUCGCGCAUUUGAUGCUGGCUAAAUGGACAGACAGAGCAGGCCAGACACACUCACAGGCCAUCGUGCAGAGAUACCGAGAGGCCAUCAAGCUAUAUCCAAAGUGGGAGAGAGCGCACUACUACCUUGGAAAGCAUUACAACAAGAUAUUGGAGUCUGAAAAGGCCAAACCCAUGGGGAAGGAAGCCCAGAUUUAUCUGAGUGGUGAAGCCACAAAACUUGUCAUUGACAACUAUCUCCGCUCAUUAACAUAUGGGACCAAAUACGUUUUCCAAACAUUACCCAAGCUUCUAACCCUUUGGCUUGAGCAUGCUUCUAUCGUCGAACAGCCUCUUGAUCCGAAAAGAGGUGACAAUGAAGAAUUCCAAAAGCACACAAAAGCGCAACGACAGAAAAGUCUUGAUGAGAUGCACUUGCAACUGAAGAAGUUCAUUGAUAAACGACUUCAGGCGGCUUUGUUGUUCACCAUUCUGCCCCAAGUGGUUGCCCGAAUUUGUCACCCCAACAGCACAGUCUAUGACCUCUUGACACGAAUCGUAGCCAAGGCUGUUCAUAGCUUCCCGCAGCAAGGUCUUUGGACGGUUCUGGCUGUCGUGAAGUCCUCCAACAAAGAUCGAGCAUCCCGAGGCUUCACCUGCCUGCAAAAGAUUGUGGAUUAUGGAAACAAACCAAAGGGAGGGUCUGCGACGUCAGCAGAGAUCCGCCGGAUGAUUUCUCAAGGCACCAAGAUAUCCGAGGAGCUGCUUCAACUGUGCUUGGCUCCAGUUGAAGACAAGGUCUCGAAAAUCCAACUCGGUCGUCAUCUGGGUUUCAAUCAUAAAGUCGCACCAUGUCGAUUAGUGGUUCCUUUCCAGGCGAUGUUGAUCCCAAGUCUCCCUGCGAGUCAGAAUAUCGAAUACAUCAAAGGAUUUAGGGCUUUCCCUCGGGAUCCAACAACCAUUGAAGCCAUUCUCGAUGAAGCCCAGAUUCUGAAUUCGCUUCAAAAACCACGCAAAAUUAGCUUGCGUGGGUCUGAUGGGAAGAUUUACAAUGCACUUUGCAAGCCGAAGGAUGAUCUACGCAAAGAUCAACGCUUGAUGGAGUUCAAUAACAUGAUCAACAGAUUUUUGAAGAGAGAUGUCGAGUCGAGCAAGCGGCGCAUGUACAUCAAAACCUAUGCUGUCACACCACUCAACGAAGAAUGCGGUCUCAUUGAGUGGGUAGACAACCUGCGGACAUUGCGAGAGAUUGUCAUCAAGCUGCUGCGCGAGAGAGGCAUUGCGCCCAAUUACAACGACAUCAGACACUAUCUGAACGAGAUCUGUGCUGAUCGAUCGUUCUCGAAGCUGCCCUUGUUCACAACUAAAAUUCUGGCCAAACUUCCCCCGGUCCUUCACGAAUGGUUCGUUGAGAUGUUCCCCGAGACUGAAGCUUGGUUUACGGCAAGAUUGAGGUACACACGGUCUUCAGCCGUCAUGUCCAUGGUUGGAUAUGUUCUUGGUGUCUCUUCGCGCGGAUACAGUCUAGGUGAUCGACAUGGCGAGAACCUUUCUUUUGAAGAGGGCACUGGUGGACUCCUGCAUGUUGACUUCAAUUGCCUCUUUGACAAGGGUCAGACAUUUGAGAAGCCUGAAGUGGUACCCUUCCGGUUAACACAUAAUAUGGUUGAUGCUUUCGGUGCCUAUGGAUACAAUGGUCGGUACAAAUCCCCUGCCUCACUUGCUCUUAUGCUAAGUCCUUGUACAGGCCCCUUCAGGAGAACCUGCGAGAUCACACUCAGCCUUCUUCGGCAAAACGAGGACGCUUUGAUGACUAUUCUCGAGACAUUUUUGCAUGACCCAACGACCGAUUUCAUUGGAAAGAGAGUACGCCGUACCCAUGUCAAUGUCCCCGAUACUCCAGCUGGGGUGUUGGAGGAUGUGCGGAACAAGCUUCGUGGCUACAUGUCCAAGCAGCCCAUCGCACUCUCCGUGGAUGGUCAAGUGGAUGAACUGAUUCUACAGGCAACAGACAAGAAGAAACUGGCGUCAAUGUACAUCGGAUGGUGUUCAUUUUUCUGA